GUUUAUAAUAACAGAACGGAAAAUACACAAAAUUAUUACUCUCUCUUUCCGUCUCUCUACAAAGCAAAGUAAAAUCUGUUUACAAAUUUCAUUUCCUUUUUCUGCGAACGAAGAGAAGGAGGAGAAACAGAAUUAUCGAUUCAAUCUCCAACUAAAGGUUUGGUUUGUGAAACUGAGAUCGGAGGUCUUACAGGUGAUUGGUGGAUUUGAAGAACACUCAAAAUGGUGGUUCUUGCUGCUUCCAUUGUUAGUAAAUCUGGUAAAGUCCUUGUUUCAAGGCAGUUUGUGGAUAUGACUCGUAUAAGAAUUGAAGGUUUACUUGCUGCAUUUCCCAAGUUGGUUGGUGUAGGAAAACAACACACAUUUGUUGAGACUGAAAAUGUCAGAUAUGUCUACCAACCAAUGGAUGCUCUUUAUUUGCUACUUGUAACAAACAAACAGAGCAACAUAGUGGAAGAUUUGGAAACUCUGCGACUGCUUUCCAAAAUCGUUCCCGAAUAUUGCCCCGCUGUAGAUGAAGAAGGAAUUUGCCAGUCAGGGUUUGAGUUGAUUUUUGCUUUCGAUGAAGUAAUCUGUCUCGGGCACAAAGAAAAUGUUACUAUUUCACAGGUUAAACAAUACUGUGAGAUGGAAAGUCAUGAAGAAAACUUGCAUAAGCUGUUAAGGCAGAGUAAGAUCGAUGACACCAAGGAUGUUAUGAAGCGUAAAGCUAGUGAGAUUGACAAAAGCAAGCUUGAGAGGGGUAGAGGAGGGGCUGGAGGGCUUGGUUCCAUUCAGUCAAUAUCAUCGAGAAUUGAGAGUAGCUUCAUGGACUCGAGUAUAUCUGGUGUUGGAGGUGGUAUCGGAAGUGGUUCUCCAUUUGGAUCAUCUCCCGAUUUGGAGUCCUUUAUUAAUAAGCCGAAAGGUCGUCCUAAUGCAUCUGCUACUGCUCCUCCUAAAGGUGGCAUGCAGCUUGGUAAAACACAAAGGACAAACAAAUUCUUGGAAUCUUUAAAGGCUGAAGGUGAAGUUAUUGUUGAGGAUGUGAAACAAAGUGGUGCUGUCUCCAAAUCAGCUGCACCACCACCUACUGAUCCCAUUACAUUAAAUAUUGAAGAGAAGCUCAAUGUGAUACUCAAGCGGGAAGGUGGGGUUAGUAACUUUGAUGUUCAAGGUACACUUAUGCUUCAAAUACUUAAUCAGGAGGAUGGACUUAUACAAGCUCAGAUCGAGACUGGAACCAACUCUGCCGUCCAUUUCAAAACACACCCGAACAUCAACAAAGAGUUAUUUUCAAAUGAAAACAUACUAGGCCUGAAAGAUCCAAACAGACCUUUUCCAAUCUGUCCACCUGGUGAUGCGGGUGUUAGUCUCUUGAGGUGGAGAAUGCAGAGUACUGACGAGUCUUUAGUGCCCUUGACCAUCAACUGCUGGCCGUCUGUUUCUGGAGGUGACAGUUAUGUUAGCAUGGAAUAUGAGGCAUCAACUAUGUUUGAUUUGCACAAUGUUGUGAUCUCGGUGCCCCUUCCUGCACUUCGAGAUACACCAAAUGUGAGUCAGGUUGAUGGUGACUGGAGGUAUAACUCAAGGAGUUCCAUGUUGGAGUGGUCAAUACUUCUAAUUGACAACUCUAACCGCAGUGGAUCGAUGGAGUUUGUUGUCCCUGCUGUGGAUGCUUCAGUGUUCUUUCCCAUUUCUGUAAGGUUCACUGCCGCAAAAACAUUCAGCGACUUAAAGGUUGUGAAUGUCUUGCCACUGAGAGAUGGUCCACCUCCAAAGUUUGCCCAGAGAACACAGCUAGUCACAGAUCAUUACCAAGUUGUUUGAUUAGUCUGCGUAUGAGUUUUCUUCUCCCAUUUAUAGAAGUGAGUCCAUAUAAACAUUGUCCAGCAGUAUGAGAUUUCUUACAUGAUCAACGUGAGUUCCUUUUACCGCAAUUACCGGGUAAUACUUUUUUAGUACAUCUAUUGAAGUAAUAGAAUUCAAUUCGAUUAGGUGUUUUUUUUUUUUUUUCCGCUCUGCGACCUUAAUAUUUUUUGAAAAUGAGCAUAAUUCAUAUCAGCUUACAUGGUCCA